UGUGCCAAGAUACAUAUAAAGUAAGAGUCCGCAACGAAGUUAUCAAUGUAUACAUACAUACACCAACACUACACAGCUCGCAUGAUAAACCGUGCACAUUUAGCCAACACGCGCAUCGCCCGUGCGUACAAGUUGGCGCACAAAAUGUACCGCCGCGGGCCUCGGAGGGGGGAGCGGGAGCGAGGGGACGGGAGGCUGCCGAACCCAGCGCGCCCCACCCAACACGCUCAGUGACCUGCGCGACGCGCCGCUCGACGAACGCGCAAUGACCGACACACUAAACGUCGUCUUCCCACGCAAACUACUCAAAGAAUUCAUCACAUUAUACAAAAACUUACCAUGCCUUUGGGACAAAAACUGCAACACAUACAAAAUGAAGGUGAAGAGGCAUGAGGCUGUGACGAAACUGACGCAGUUGGUACAAACGUAUGAUCACGCAGCGACGCGAGUGCACGUCUUGAGGAAGAUUGAGAGUCUGCGGGCUUGUGUGCGGCGGGAGUUCAAGAAGGUUCAGGACAGUAGAGCGACGGCGGCAAACGACGACGAAGUGUACACCCCCCACCUGUGGUACUACGAGCUGUUCUCGUUCAUGUUCCACGAUGACACGAAUGAAACUAGUUUUAGUAAAAACAAACAUCGACCGUCACCUGUACCGACGCUUGCGGAUUCGGAAGGCGAAGAUGACGACCGGCCGUUUGAACCCAGUAUAGAACCCUACUCCACUCCCGAAUACAGCGUCACAAGCAAUAUGAUUGAUGUUCCCGAGAGUUCAAGCACCAAGAGGUUCAGCACUUUAGAAGAUGAUAAAAAUAAACGGCAUUGUACCGAAGUGGAAGAUGAAUAUGAUGCUAUAGGUAUAAACGUUGCGGCAAAACUGCGGAAUCUUCCCGACAACAUGAGGAUACUAGCAGAGAAACUGAUCAACGAUGUGUUGUUCCAAGCACAGACCAAUGGGCUCACGAAUGCGACGGCGAUCACAACACCAGACCCCUUCAAAUGAAGCCAAGGGGAUGAUAUAGGGUCAGAUACUCAAGAUUGCAAAGUGGUUCAAGAGGAAUCGUAAAACGGAGAUGAUGAAAUAUUCUAUUUAUUACAAAUUUUGCUCCUCAUGAAUGAAGUCCAUCCACUUUGGAAUAUGUAAUUAUUUAUCUUUAUCGAAUCCUGUCAUUUUGUGGUGUGCAAUAAAGAAUAUGGCAUUCUAUUCUAUUUCAUGGUGUAAUAAUUGAAUUGAGACGCUAGUUUUCACAUGCUAUUGUGAAUUUGUAUUGAGAAGGAAUAUAAGUAACAAUUAAAAGAGUAAUAUUAAAAUGAAUGCAAGGCAUAAAAACGUUGACAUUACACCUCAAUUAGAAAAUGACUCACAGCUGGCACAUAAAAUAAAAAACCUAGCACCGACUAGUUUCACAGUGUACAAUAAAAAUGAAGCUGUAAUAAAAACAAAAAACCUUGCUAACGUAGCUCUCCUAAUUAUUUUAAUGAAACCCAGGGCGACGGGGUUUCUGCCGUAACGGUGAACGUUGCUCCCGGUUAAGUAGACUUGUUACGGUUAAAUAGCUAAUUACAAAUUUUUAUUUUGUACUUGGAUGUAAUAAAAGUUUUAUAUGAAGUUAUUGUGUUAUUUUUUUAGUAUCUCGUGGUAUGUUAAGUGAUACUUUGUCAUUGGAGAUGUCUUACCAGUUUUAAACCUGUCUUGAGGUCUAAAUGAAAGAACAGAAUGGUCCAUAACAGCAACUGGAUUAAAGUAGUCAGGCAUCUUGAAAAUUUUGUGUAUAACUUUAUGACUAGAUUAUUUUAGGUAUAUUUCCUGAAGUAUUCCUAAAUUUUCAGGCAAAUAGGACUUG